UCCCAGACAAGACUGUGUAGUGUGUAGAGCUCUGCUUCGGAGUAGAAUGUUAUUGUAUCGUCACUAGGAAUCUUUGUUGGGAUCCAAAUGGAUAUUCAAGCUCGAAUCGGGAGCAUAAUAACAUCCCGCACCUUCUGCUCUAGAAAGCGUAAAGCUUCUUCUUCCGCUUCUUCAUCAUCUUCUCCGUAUUCCCCUCUCAGAUUGUUCUGUUCGAGGAGUUCUCGAGAAGACGAUAACAACGAUAAUAAAGGUGAUAAAUACUCGACGGACUGGGAUAAGGCCUGGUCUAACUUUAGAAAGCAAGGGAAAAAGACCCUCUUCUCACAGUUUUCUCCCAAUAAGUACGUUACCUGGAACCCUAGUCGUUCAAACUACCCACCGUCUGAGGAAGUUGAUCCCAUCAAGAGAACAGAGAGGUCGAAUCUCAUGUUAUGGACUAGUCCUAAGUUUACUCUGGCAGGGGCCAUUGUUAUAGUCACAUUUCUUUUGGUUUACACCAUACUUGCACCUGUCAAGUGAUUUUACUGGAAUUGUUUUUAAUAAGUUACUUGCAUUAUCUUUACCUCCCAGAAAGCCCGUCUGUAUUGUAGAACUAUGAAGAAUAUUUAUGUAAGGAAAUGGGCAUAAGAGAGAAAUUGUAAAUUUUUUGUAAAUGCGAUUACUUGUUCUU